GAGGCGGGCCCGGGCAGGAGGCGGAGCGCGGCGGUUCCGGGCUGGCUCGGCGCUGGGGUGCGCGGGGAGCGAUGCAGCCGCCGCCCCGCCAGAUCAAGCCGGCCCAGGAGGUGAAGGUGCGCUUUGUGGAGCAGCUGUCCAGCCUGCAGAGUAAACAGCAGCGGGAGCUGGAACUCCUGGAGGACAUCAGGACCUACAGCAAGCAGCGAUCUGCCAUCGAGAGGGAGUACGGGCAGGCCCUCCAGAGGCUGGCGAGUCAAUUCCUGAAGAGAGAGUGGCUGCGAGGCAAGAGCGAGAGCAGCGACUCCAGGAGCGUUUUCACUGUCUGGAAGGGAGUGAUCGACGGCACCGUCUGCUGCGGCCAGUCCCGGGUCACUGCCUCCGACCACUACCGCAGCGUGAGCGCAGAGGCGGCUAAAUCAGCUCGGGUGUCCAAAGAGCAGCUGCUCAAAAAGGGCACUGAGCAGCUGCUGAGUGCACAAGCGGAACUGCUGGAGACUGUGAAGGAAGUCAGCAAAACCAAGAAGCAUUACGUGCAGCUGCAGCGGACCAAUGAGGUGGCUCGAGAGAAGGCGGCUGACGUGGAAGCCAGGCUCCGAAAGAGCGAUCAUGGCAUAUUUCACACCAAAGGCAGCUUGCAGAAGCUCAGUGCCAAGUUCUCUGUGCAACUGGCAGAGAAUUCACACCAGCUGCUGUUGGCUCAGAACGAAUACGUCUUGAUGCUGGCCGCUGUCAAGGCCCAUCUAGAGCAUUACUACCAGAGAGAGCUGCCUGCAGUCAUCCAGACUCUGGAUGGUGACCUUUAUCAGCGUCUCCAAGAUCAGCUCACACUGAUCAGCAAGACGGAGCUGGAGGUCUGCCAAGACACACAGGAGAUCUUCCAGGGCAUCGCAAAUGCAUCUGCUUCGGUGUGCCGGGAACAGAAUCUCCUCCUGUUCCUGCAAGAUAAUCCCGCCUUCUCGGCAACAGCCGCUCAGCCUUUCCAGCCGGAAGGAACGGACCAGGUGGUUUCUCUCUUGGAUGACAGUGGGCUGGAAAAGGAAGUCCGUCGCUGGGCCACUCGGGCAGCCAAAGAUUAUAAGAUUCAGACUGUCAGUGAGCAGAUUCUGCAGAGAAUGGAAACCCGAAGGCAGCAGGUCAAUGAGGCGGAGAUACCUGGCAUGGAGAAAAGGAUGGAAGAGGUGAAGGAAAAUAUUCGGAAGGCAGAGAUCAGCAAGGUGAAGGCGGAGGCUCGGUUGAUGUUGCUGCGGCAGGCUGGCUUGGAUGUAGACACCUGGCUGGCCAGUGCCAUGGGACAGGUCCUGGAUGAAAUGGAGCAGGAGCGGCGGCUCAGCGAAGCACGCAGGUCUGAGAGGGGCUCCACUCCGACGGCAGAGGAAUUCGACCCGGCUGAGUUUGAAGAUUACGACGACAGCACAGAACUGUUUGAGGACACCCGGCCAAGCCCAGGCAUGACUCGGGCCUACCCUUCGUCCUGCAGAGUGUUUUUCCCAUACCAGGCCUGCCAAUCUGAUGAGCUGACCAUUGUCCAGGGGGAGGAGCUGGAGGUCCUAGAAGAUGGCGACGUGGAGGAAUGGGUCAAGGCCCGCAACCGGACAGGCCAGGUUGGCUACGUCCCUGAGAAAUACCUCCUCUUUCUGGAUUCCGUCAGCAGAACUUGUGUAGUUCCAGAAAAGGGCGACCAAGAAGGCUCUUGGGAGAGGGAGAGGGAGCUUGCAGACCUCAUGUUGAAGCCCGGAGCCUGGCUGGUCCGGGCCCUCUAUGACUAUGAGGGGCAGAGCCCAGAGGAGCUCAGCUUCCCCGAGGGAGCCAUCAUCCGAGUGCUGCCCCGAGAGGAGGGGACAAUCGACGACGGCUUCUGGAGAGGGGACUUCAAUGGGAGGGUUGGCGUCUUCCCGUCCUUGGUGGUCCACGAAAUCAUGGGCGCUCCUGGCGGAGCUGAGCAGGAUUUGCCUUCCCCCUCACCCCCAGCCGGCUCCCCUCCAGUCCUUGACCCGACAAUUGCAUCUCCUGCAGAAGCGCUGCUGGGCGGUGGCGGGCAAGCAAGCAUGGCCAGUGGACCCAAUUCCCCUGACCUGAACACACCUCGCCUUCGUCCGGUUCGGGCUCCGCCACCACCACCACUGAAGGCCCCGGAAGCCCACCCGUCGCCUGGCCGUGGUUAACUGCGCAAAGCUCCCUGGGGAAGCCAUUCCGCUUGCCGUUCGUGGCCAUUCGUGGGUCCUCGGAGGCCAGUGGUACCCACACAUCCAGCUGUUUCCGCUUGUGAGACCUCUUGGAUGCUCUGCUGUGUAGCUGCUCUGGUGCCUCAUUCCAGACCCCUGGAAGUAGGAUGAGGGUGCCAAAAGGCACGUUGCCAGUGGCCCGCCGACCCUCUCCACAACAGCCCCAAGUGCCUCUUCUGGAACACGUGAGGAUGUGCCCAAAGAGUGGCCAAUUCAAAAGAGGAUACUUGUCCCUGCCUGCAGGGCACUAGCUGAGGGCAAUCAAGUAUUUUUCCUCUCCGGAGUGGGAGCUGGCCUCUCCCUCGGAUUUCGAUGCUGCUACCUGUCCUCACCCCCAUCCGCCUUUCGCCUGCCAGGGCUGCUGGUGUAUCUUUUCCCUUCGGAACGCAGGCAGAAUACGAAGUGCUCUUUCUCUCUCGCGCAGCCGUUCUUUUUUUGCAGUCCUCCGCAGAGCAAGCUGCCUCCUGUGUUGUUUUUUUCCGGGGGGGGGGGAGGGAGGUUUGCUAUGUUGCCCACCUCCCAAUAAAGACACUUCACUCAACACA